AUGUGGCAGGCUGGCAAGAGCUGGGUGCGGGUUUCUGAGACAGAGGGCGAGAGUGGCUAUGAAAAGGUCCAGUGCAAGGUCAAGGCCCGACCAAAAGCCAGUCGUCUCAAGCACAUCCCUGACACGGACUCAGACAAGGCCGCGAGCUGGGUCUCUGCCCGGCCAAGAUCAAGAUCGGCGGCUGCGAGUGGGGUCUCUGACCAGGCAAGAUCCAGAUCGGCGUCUGCAGGUGCAGCCUCUCUGGGUCGGGCCUCUGUGGGUCAGGCCUCUGCAGGCAAGGCUUCCAGAACCUUCAGCGCAAGAUCCUCAGCCAGGGACGCUGAGGUCCCUGGCCACGCUUCGCAAGAUGGCCAAGUUGGGGCCUCUGGCCACGCUGGGGUCUCUGGCCAAGUUUCGCAAGCUUCGUCCAGGGCCGGGUCGCGCUCCCCGACAGCUUCCGAGAUCGUGGAGGUGUUCGCUGCGGACACAGAGGAGCAGCGGACCAAGCGGUUCGAGGACUUGCGGUCCAUGAUGGGACAGCUGACUGAUAUCAACAAGCGGCUGAAGCGCUUCACAACAAGCAGUCAGGCCAGCGAGGACAGUCAGGGUGGCACACCUCGUGCGGCCCGUGCUGGCACGCCUCGUGGUUCACGACCAGGAACACCGCGGGGAUCAGUCGCUGGGGAAGGUGCGGGUGGGGUCGCGCAUUUCGUGAACCUCGACGAGUCGGAGGACGAGGCGGUGGACCCCGACGUCGAGGCCCAAAUCGAGUUGCAGCAGGUGCUCGACAAAGACAUGUCGUCGGAGGAGCAAACGAGGCUCCUUGCCUUGCUUUGCGAGCAGUACCAGCAGCUUGUUGGGUUGCUGACCCCGCCCCGUGCACCGGUGGAGAACGACAGCUCGUCGAGGCUCAUCAACCACUUGUUGGAGAACGAGCAGCCCGCCGCGAGCGCUGUCAUCUCCAGCAUGAGGCCCCAAGAGCUGCUGCAGUGCAAGGACGCUGCAGGCCUGACAGCCCUGCACUUUGCGGUAAGGCUGAAAUCCACGCGGUUGGUCUGGGAGAUCUUAGAGAAAGCGCCAGAGUUGGCGAACGUGCCAACUUUCGCGUCUCGGACGCCGCCACGUUGGACCCCGUUGAUGAUAUUGGCGAACAGCCCGGCCGAGCCAGGGUCGACGACGAUUUGCCCCCAAAUUGUCGCGUCUCUGACGUCGUACAUGUCCGUGGAAGGCAUCAACUGCCGCAGCGGAACCUUUGCGACGGUCAGUCACUUUGCAGCCUCGCGCGGCCACUGGAACGUGCUGAAGAAGGUGCUGUACCGUUUGAACGAUCUUGGUGGCCAAGAUUGCGUCAUGAAUCAUCUCCGAAUUGAGAACAGCACCGUCCCUUGGUCAGCAUUUGAGGAUGAUGUUUUGUUUGUGUCUUGUUUUUUGUAA